AUUUUUUCUAUAGUUAUAUUAUUUGAUUUAAAUUUCCUAAUUUUUAUAGACUAUCAUAGACGUAGAACACAGUUAUUUAAUACUGGUCACACACAUCACGAAAGUCUUUAGUUUAUGGUGCACCCGCCGCUUGUGACAGUUCGAGAUUGUGAGUGAAAAAUUGGAAAUUAUGAAGUAAAAUAAUAUUCUAAUUUAUUGUUUAAAUGACAGCAGGAAAAGAAACUAUGGGUGAGCAGCCGAUCUUCACGUGCAAGGCGCACGUGUUUCAUAUAGACCCGAAGACCAAGAGAUCGUGGAUGUCGGCCAGCUCCGCCGCCGUCUCGGUCUCCUUCUUCUACGACUCCUCCAGGAACCUAUACAGGAUCAUCAGCGUUGAGGGCACCAAGGCGGUGAUCAACAGCACCAUAACGGCAAAUAUGACGUUCACGAAAACGUCCCAGAAGUUCGGGCAGUGGAGCGACGUGCGGGCGAAUACCGUGUACGGGCUCGGGUUUGCGUCCGAGGCGGAAUUGGGCAAGUUCAUCGAGAAGUUCCAAGAGGUGAAGGAGGCGAUCCAGGCGCAGCAGUGCGGCGGCGGCGGCGCCAAGGGCGUGGCCAACGGCAGCAGCGGCGCCGCCACGCCCGUCGCCAGCGCCACCGCCAGCCCGCUGCUCGCCGGCCGCGCCGCGCAGCACGACGACGCCGAGCCCGCCGUCUCGCCCGCACAGCCGAAAGUUGACAAUGACGAGAUGAUGGUGCACCAGAGGGCGCACUCGGUAUCAUCGACGCUGCAGGGCGGGUAUGCGACGGUGGGCCGCGCUCCCCGCAGCCAGCUGGCGUCGGUGGCCAGCGAGCGCGGCGCGGGUUCCGCGGCCGGCGCGCCGCCGCCGAGUGUGGCCGGCGUGACCGGCGCGACCGGCGCGGCCGCGGGGGGCAACGACCCCGCGCCGCCCGACGGGCCCGACCAUCAGCUGCGCUACGAGAACGACCGGCUAAAGCUCGCGCUCGCGCAGAGCUCUGCCAAUGCGAAGAAGUGGGAAGUGGAAUUAGCUACCUUGAAAAGCAACAACCUUCGGCUAACCGCCGCUCUCCAGGAGAGCACCGCUAACGUAGACGAGUGGAAGAGACAGCUACACCAGUACAGGGAGGAGGUGGCACGCGCCAGGCAUUACGCGGGGAAAGGUGGCGAUGCCAACGAGGUGGAACAACUGCGGCAGCGCGUGGCGCAACUAGAGGCCGAGCUGGCACAGAAGAAUGAAGAGUUGGCGCAGAUCACGAAAUCUAGAAAGAGCGAACAGGACGCCGAGGCGAAGCUAGCGCAAAGCCAGCUGGAACUAGCGCUCGCCGCUCAAGACGGCCAGCGGCAGGUCAUACAGGCGCUGAAUGACCAGCUCGCUCGGCAGCUUGAUGAACUGACAACGAUCCACCGCGAGAUAAACACAGCGCUGCAAACAUGAGACGCGGCUCAAGCAGCGCCCCCGCCGCCACCCAUCUACGCCUCCGUACACAAGGACCGCCGCGCGCUGCCGCUGCUGCUGCACCACGCCGCGCACGCCGCGCACGCCGCGCACGCCACGCACGCCGCCCACGCAGCCCACGCAGCCCACGCAGCCCACGCAGCCCACGCCGCCCACGCAGCGCACCCGGCGCAGCGCCCGCAGCGGCCCGACGGCGAGGAGCCCACAUACGUCACCGUGAAGGCGAAGAAAUGAAGAGUGCUCUCGGUAUUUCGCAAGGUGCACGAAUUUUUCUAAUUUCAUUCAUUCCCAUUUCUUCAUUUCGUACCGGAGUCGGCGAUUUAGUGUUGUCGCACGUGCGAUUUGUGCGGGCGAGGCAAUUUGUCAACUUUGUCGCGUAGCGAUCCCUCGAUGUCUACGCAACGUAUACUUCGUAUAUGCGUAGUGAACUUGUUGCAUUUAUCCAUUGCAUUCACCAUAUAUAAUCUACAUCCCUAUUAUCUAACAUGGCGUCCAAAUUAUGAUGUCGCAGAUUUACAAGUAACUUGAGUAAUCGCCUCGGUACAAACACGUUCGCAAAUCGCCACAGUGUUAGGCUGUCGUUGAUUUUGAACGACGCUGUUUACAAUCCACAGUGUCCAAGUGUUCCUAGCUUAUAGUAUUGGGUGCUAUAUUGGUUGUAAGUGGGUGGCCCGCGGUGUUCUUUCAAAAUAAACCCGGGAAUAUACUAUCCAACGCAUCCGUCAGUUGUGGCUGAUAACUGAACAGUGUGCGCGGUCGUUUUGCUGUUUCUCUCUUACUUUAGACGGUGUGUAUAUGUGUGAGCGAAACAGCCAGCGCGCCAGAUCGUUGUCGGACGUCCUACUAUUUAAGGACUAGUGGUGGGUAAUAUACUCGUAUAGUAAUAUCUAUAUAUUUUAGUUACAAUACCUAUAUACUGGACCGAUAUAAUAACGAAUAUAUUAAAAGUCUGUUAUCCAAAAUAUAAUAAAAAUUGGAUAAUAGACUUAAUAUAUUCGAUAAAUAGAUAUCCUACCGAUAUGGGCAAUAUCGGAGUAGGUGAUGAACCCAAUUUAUAGAUAUCAGAUAUCUCAAUAUAUAGGUAUCCAUAUUACCCAUGCCUAUUCAGGACGGGCCAAGGUCACAUUUGCGACAACCGCUAGUUUAUGCAGUUUAAUAUAAAUGUAGUUCAGUCCGCAUCUAUAAGCCGCAACUGAUGGAUGUGCCCGAUAGUAUGUUCCCAUCCUAUAGAGUCGAGUGUACGUACAGUGAGAUCUACAUGGCGACACAGUCUAAAGAAUCCUACCAGUUGUUCAACGGAUACGUCUAGACACAACAAUGCGUUCCGAAUAGUCACGUAAUCGUUCGGAACAUGUCAAAGAAGGCCACUGAUUGUUUUUUUUAGACUGUAUAUACUUUCGUCUCUUUAACUCGUACAAUGUUCUCGUUGAGCCAUUGCACUUAAAUGCACAAGAGUAACAAGGACAGAAGAUGUAUCUAUCUCAAUCGCCGGCUCCUCUCAAAUGUUCGAAGUUGAAUCACGCCAACAUUAGCUGCAAUUAUAUUUUAAUAGCUAAAUUGUAUUGUUUCCAUUCAAUCGUCUGUCAUCGCAAAAUGUUACUUAUCUCCCAUUCAUACGGCCCAUAUUUUAUCGCGCGUCCAUACGUGAUAGAUGUAAUUAAAAGUUCAAUGUAUGUCUAUAUCUAUCUCUGUCACUCAAUGUACUGUUGCUACGAGUGAUAGAGAUAGAUAAUACGUUCGACUUUCAUCUAAUGUUUUAUCUCUUUCUACUAGUACCGGACUCGCGGUAAAUAACACUUAUGUGUGUAUUCUCGCAUUACGACACGUGUUUAUACAUAUUUUUGGAGCAACGCUCGUGUUUUUUUUAUACACUAUUGAUUUUUAGGUUCCAUACUCUUUUAAUUUAUUGUGGACAUUUUUUUUAACCGGAUAUUAUUUCGGAUAAGUACGGUGUUAACCUCACAGCGUCUCGAAUAAAUUAAAAUAAUCACAUAUCGAUUAUAAUAAGUCGUAGUCGGUCUUCAAGGUUCACAUUGAUGACAUCAGCAGUUAACUGUCCACUGCCGAAUGGAGGUUUUUCUCAUAAUUUCUUAGUUUUGCUAGCAGUUGCCACUUUUGGCAGGCGAGUUGACAAUCACAGUUAUGCUUUGAUGAUAUUUUAAAAGAGAUGCUGCUGCCCUCCACCUGGCCAGUUAAGUUCCCUUAGUCGCCUCUUACGACACCCACGGGAAAUAAAGGGGUGGCCUAUUCUAUACUGGGACUACACGAUCUAAGAUACGCAUUUCUGUCGUCCGAUUGGUAAACCACAUCAAGAAUAUCCUCCAAUCAAACUGUUUAUAAUUACUCCUCUCCAUCCAAUGGUUGGCUGGAAGAGAUCGCUCUUAGCGAUAAGGUCGCCCAUUGUUUUCUCAUUGUGAUUAUUUCUUGUAAUUGUUUGUAUCUAUAAUAAGUUUACUAUUGUAAUCUUUUGGAGGAAACAAUAAAGAGUAUCUAUCUAUCUAUCUAUAAUAUCAAUUUUGUUUGUUACUCGGUUUGUUAAAUACGCAAUUUGUAAUAUGAGAAUACACAAGUAUCGUUACACUGCACAUGCAACCGAUUCAUUUCUAGUAAUAACUCGUAAUAAAGUUUAUAGCCACCUUUAUAAAUGCAAGCAAAUAACGACCUUAAUGUAAUAAUAAUAAAAUCAUUUAUUCAGCCACAAAACAUAACAAUAAUAAUGAUAAUUGUAUACGUUAAUAGUUUUGUGGUAUACAUACAUACAUAUCUGUCACGCCUCUCUCCCAUUAGGGUAGGCAGAAACAAUGGAACGCCAAAUGCUACGAUUCAAACAGACCUCUUUCGCUUCCUCCACAUUCAUCAAUCUUUUCAUACACGCUCGCCGGUUACGGGUACUUUUAAUUUGGCCCAUCUUCAGCACGUCGCCUAUUUGGUCGACAUACGUCCGUCUAGAGCGGCCCCUACCGACAUCUUCAUUCAUUCUUGCUCGAUAAAUCUCUUUCGUAAUUCUUCUUUCAUCCAUCCUCUCCAAAUGACCAAACCAAACCAACGCAACAUUCCUUUUUCGAUUUUUAGUUUUGUGGUAGCAGUUUGAAAUUGAAAACCUCGGCAGGGAGCUCAUUCCACAACCUGAGUGUUCGUGGGAGGAAACAUCUCUGAAACCGCGCAGUACGCGACUAUUGAAACUGUAGAACAUGAGGAUGAACUCCCUGUCGAUGGCGAGCCGUACGAUGGUAGAAAGUGGCUGUGGGCAUCAUAUUGAACAAUCCCUUUGAGCACAAUCCAUUGUACAGGCGGUAGAACAAUUGUAUCCCAUUAUUAAAUUUAUUAAGAUUAAACAGCUAUAGCAGGACUGGUUAGUGUUGCGUUUCCGUUGAGUGUGCAGUGUAAACGCAUAUUUAUAAUAUAAAUUGAAAUUACUACAGUUCAUUAAGUAUAUACACGAUUUAUAUACGACCUGUGAAAUGACUUACAAUGUUUUCGCGCGGCUGUCAAAAUCGUGGCCGUUAAUGUGUUUGAAAAUGAACUGUCCAUUCAAAUGUGACCCUUAUGUGUGUCAUGUUAGGGUACAGAAUAAGUAAACUUGCAUAAUAAUACAUAUUGUUAGGAAUGCGAGCGUGGGCGGAUGUGUUCGUGUCAAUUCGCGUCAUUGUCGACUCACCCUAAGGGCCGUGUCACACUGAAAUGGUUGCGCGAUUUUUUAAAUUUAAAAUUUGUAUUGUCGUACGCUAUUAUUUGAUGGAAAGUAAUCGAGAACUAUUGCUAAAGCUAAUAAUACUGAUUUGCAAUUAGUAAAGCGGGUGAGAAUGAUUGUUAAAACUCAAUAUAGGGAAAAUGAGGAGCUGCAAUGUUCGCUGUAGCAGUAUUAUGUACUCUACAAGCAAAACGGAAAGUGAAAAUCGAAUUUAUUGUAGACAGCUUUGACGAUUACUAUGGAUUAUAGCUAAUUGUGGAGCCAUGUUGCUACUAUUAUGUGGCGUUACGCUAUUCAAUUAUAUAGCAUCACAUUUAUUUUAUAUUUAAAUAUAUACCAGAAACAAAAUUUGAUUUCUCUAGAGCAGUGUUUCCCAACCUGUUGUGUGCCAUGACCCACUUGAACAUUACUAAAAUUUCUUUCUCCCAUACAUAAUUUUUUCCGACAAAGUUUACUGGACGACUUUUAUUACCCAGUUGAUAUUUUGGUAACGUCAAGCGAAAUUAUACUUAAUAAUAAUUUACAGCAAUUUUUGUUACAUUUGGCACCGAUAUCUACUCGUAGCAUUGCAUUUAAAUGGCCCGGAGUAAGAAGGUUAAAAUCGUUUAGAGUCCAUUUACCCCCCCCCCCCCCCCCCCUUUAACUAUCAAAUUACCCCCCCCCCCCUUUAACUAUCAAAUUACCCCCCUAUGGGGCGUGGGCCCCCACGUUGGGAAACACCGCUCUAGAAUCUAGAAUAUUUUUAUACUGUACAAUAUAAUGUAUAACAUGAUUUUUAUUUUGAUGAAAAUAUAUUAUGGGAUUGAAUUGAUCCUAUAUUGUCUAAUUAUACCUCCUUCUCUCACCUUUAAUAUUUAUAUAAAUUGUUAUAAAAUUGUAUAACCAUUGCCUACUUUGAUAGUUGUUCCUACCCAUUACGAUAUUUGUCAAAAAUUAUUCUUACUUGGCAGAGAAACAGGUCGUAUCCUCAAUUUACAAGUUUUUAUGCCGAUCGGUCGUGCAAACUCGCGAUAUUGAAGCGAAGUUAAAUGUCGCCGCUACUAUUUUAGUGUGAAAGGACCCGAAAUUUUUAUGUAAAUAUCCUAGGGCAUUCGGCGCCGGUUUGCUAACUGUAUAAGUAAAAUUUUGGACAGUGCCGAUUUUAAGAUCUCAUCUAUCAGUCGAGCGAACCGGUCGUAUGCACCUAGUCGUGCCACCACGAUGACAUGCCAAAAAUUCUAUUAAUUAAUUAUAAUUUAAUGUAGAUUUUUGAUAAAUAUAAGCGUAUAAGCUGGCUGCACGGUGAAAUACCGAAUUGAAAAAAAAAAUCUAAGAAAAAAAAACUUUGUUUAACAAAAAAAAAAAAAACCUUCGCCUGAAAUAUUGGCAGACUGUGCCAUUUCGUAGUGUGUGUAUAUUGGAUUAAUUCCCAUGUUUAUAUUUAAAACAAAAAAAAAAAAAAUUUAAAAAACGGGUCAUUGCACCCCUGUCCCUUUCGACUUGUACACUUCAGGCCCAUCGAAAGUAUAAAUAAUGGAAGGGAAUAAAUAAAAUAUAAAAUUAAUGCUUUGGUAUAACUUGUUCUUUUGAAAGCGUUGCGUAAUAAUAAAAUAUUGCAUAGUUGUAAGUGAUUUUACAUAAUGUUAUUGUAAUUAUUAUUAUUAAAAUGAAUUUUUACUAUUCUCAGCGAUUCCUCCACUCCGUACUAGAUUUUCUUUCUUUUUGUUUUUUUUCACUCUAGUAAAAUUGUAGUAAAAAUAUCAUAAUUAAGAUAUUAUAAUUUGAUUUCCAUUUCCUACUGUGUAGGCGUAUCUCUAUAUACUCUCCUCUAUUUAUAAGAAAAUCAACUCUUUUUAAUUUCUUAAUUAUUAAUGUAUUAUGUAAAAAAAAAAUCCCUAGUCUUAAGAGUGAUAAAAGGAGUAACCACAAUUUCCGUCUACUAAUACUCGAGACCGAAACAGAGGUCUCUUUUUUUUUUCUUUUGCCUUAUUUUUCUCUUUUUUCUUUUGAAGACCCUGUAUUUCAUAGAACCCUUAGCAAAUUAGUGUUUACUAUUUGUGAAGCGAUAGUCAUCUGCAUAUGGUACCUAAUUAAUGAGAUUAUGACGUUUGUAAAUUAUAUUAUUUUACGUUUAUAAAAAUAAUUAAUCAGUAUUGAAUGGAGAGACUGCAUUUUAUUUAUUUAUAAUUUAUUGAUAUUUUUUAUUUCCUCUACCAUCGAAUCUCUGCGGAUCUCUAUCGCCCGUCACAAAAAUAAAAAAAAAAUAAAAACUAAAUUAAAAACAAAAGAUAUCAUUGUAAAAGGCUGAGGACACAAUUUUUAAGAUAUACAAUGUCUUCUAAACAGGGUAAUUUCAUUUACUGUUGUGUAUUUUUGAAUAGUGACGUUGUUAUUCGAUUUUUACUCUUGUCUACUGUGUAACAAGUACAUUUUUCGUAGUUGCAACAGAUUGGUCGGCGCGACCAAUAAAAUAAUACAGGCGUUCUACAAAUGCCUUCCCAAAUGUGAAUUGAUAAGGGCGUUAAAAUGUUCAUCACUCGUAUGUAAUUAGUAGAUUUAUGUAUAAAAUAAAACGAUUAUUGUAAUCAGAUAUUCGUAACUAGAUGCAAAUUUACUAUUUUUACUUUCCGCUGUUCUUCAUAAUUUGACAUAUUUAAUUUAUUUAGCAAAGUGAAUAUAGUAUAGUGAUGAGAAUUAAUGUUUUUAUAGUGUUCCAAUUAUUUAUUUGUAAAAUUGUUUAUCACAAUAUAUAUAUAUAAAAUUAAGUAGGAACCGAAUGAUCUGUUGGUAUUUCAGAAGUGUAAUAUAGAUUAGGCAUUAUAGUUUAAGUGUUAAUUCCUAUAUUAUUUGUAAACGGAUGCUGUUAUGUGUGAUUACAAUAUAUAUAUAUAUAUAUAUAUAUAUAUAUUUAUAUAUAUAUACGUAUAUGUAUAUGUAUAGAGGCAUUCUAUUCGUAUAAAUGAUUUGGAUGCGUUUGGAAUGAUAUUUUUAUUUUGAUAAAAAUAAUGAAUUGAUAUAAUGAGUGUAACCAACAAAUUUGGCCCGGCGUGUACCGCCCACCGACUUUGCAUAAUGGAGUGCCAAUGUUUACCAUUAACUACCCACUGUUCGGGCCACCGUUGUUAGGUUCGUACUCUCGAUAAGGUUUAUUGUAAUCGCAUUAUAGGAUAUAAUUCAAUAUAUAUAUAUAUAUAAUGUAGUAGUCUGCGUUGCAUUUGUUAAUAAUAAUAAUAAUGGAAAUAUUUAUUUAAUUGUUUAAAUUCUUAUAGGGCCGUAUAAGGCCAAAUGCACCCCGCACACGGUCAUAUAAAAUAUAUCAUAUUGUAUAGCCCUAGUACUAAAUAUAAUAAUAUAUAAGGGGUAUCACAGUGUAUUCCGUGACGUCCAUGGUGCUCAUGGUGUUCGGUACAGUUCAUGUUUAUAGGCGACGGUUAUCUCUUUUCAAAAUGUGGACCGUUGACUUGUUUGCCAUUAUUAGUUUCGUAACAAAAAAAUACUGAGAUGGGGUUAAAAAUAAGAUGGGAUUCGAACCCGCAUCUUUUGGCUGUUUGGCAAAAGUAUUCUCAUUUACAUCACAGAAGGAAUAGGUAUACUAUAAGUCGGUAAAAUUCUCAGCAUCUCUUGAAUAUUAGUAAAUACAACAUAGCGCCAUCUAUCGUGUAAUAACAUCAUCGAAUAGUGGCAUCCUAUAUUUAGAAUUACGUAAUAUUAAAAGAUAGACAUAUUUUUAUUGAAAUAAACUUAAAUCGUAGCAUUUUUGUAUAGUAGUUUUUUUAUUAAUCUACCGCCAAUUCGAAAUGCAAUUUUGGCUGAGAAGAACAGGCGAGAUACUCGAAUGUUGCUAGAUGGUUCGAGAAAUACGCUUAGUAGGCGGGUUGGCGAAUGCAGAUAGGCCUUGAGGGACGCUGCUGCCUAUCCCUUGAGCAUUGAAUUAAACAAGCAUAUUUUAUUAAUAGCAAUUAAUGAUAUAUUAUCAAUAAUGAAAAAUUUUGCAUUUCUUUCUAUUUUUAUCAAGUACAUAGUCCACUUGAAAUUAAAAAGAAAUAAUUUCAUAAGAAAAUGAAGACCAAUGUCGAAAUAUAAGUCAAUUUUCGUAUUAGGAAACUGCAUUUUGAGUUAUCGUAAAAAACGUGACAGUAUUACACGUGCGUGGCAUUUAGUUGUUUUUUCCCCUAUUGUAUUUGUAAUUUUAACUCUUUCACAAUAAAUACCAACAUUCUGCUGAUAUAACUAGCCCAUAUUUGUAUGCAAUAAAGGCGCCAAAUUGAAAGGAAUUCUAAAAAUCAUUGGUUUGUUUUCUUUUUUUUUAUUUUACCAACUAAAUUUUUUUUAUAUCUUAACUAUCUGACUAGACAAACGUUUUGUUCCGUACUGCUAUCCUUUUUUUUUAUGGGACUUAGAAUGGCAAACAAGCUGACGGCCCACCUGAUGGAAAGUGGUAACCGUCGCCUAUAGACAUGAGCAGUACCAUGGACAUAAGAGAGCAUACUGUUUCGCCCAUGAUACUCUCCAUGCGUUGUCAUUCCUGGGAACUCAGGUGUUAUUCCUCUGUACCCUGUAAAUUUACUACCAUAUCUCACCCUUCAAACCGAAACACAGCCGUGCAAACACAACUGCUUCACGGUUGAAACACGAAUGGGAUAGAGGUACCCAAGCAAACGACUUAUACAAAGUCUCCCUCUGGUAAAUAGAUUCUAUCCUAUCAGGGAUUAUUAUCGAUUUUUAUUUAUUUACUAGUUGACCCGGGAAACGUUUUGCCAUAUAAAUUAUUUCUAGGGAAUUUUUUUAUACCCCUAAGUGAUAAGGGUGAGCUGUGACUCACCCUUAUCACUUAGGGGUAUAAAAAAUAGAUAACAACCUAUUUUUAGACCUACCUAGUAUACAUAUAAAAUUUCAUUAAAAUCGGUUAAGCCGUAUCGGAGAAGUAUACAACUAACACUGUGACAUGAUCACUUUACAUUUUUUUUUCACGAAUAUGUCCUUUAACCUUGCCUCAGCAUGUCUCAUUGAUAUUUUCCUUUUAACAUGUAACCUUAAGUAAGGUAAUUCUUAAAUUUGUCUCGUUCUUGUUUGAAAAUUGUCACAUUAUUGUACACCGCUCUAUCCGCUGACAUUGAUGCUUCUUUCCACUUUGGGUGUCGCUGGAGGAGAACUCUUGCAGAAUUGAGCUCGCCUUUGUACAUUUGUUUACUUCUGUCGUAUUUUUUAUGUAUUAUUACUGUGAACAAUAAAGUAAAUAAAUAAAUAUUUUAUAGAUGGCCCCUUUAUGUUGACAUUAAAAAAUUAUGUACUUUUAUAUGUUUAUCACAUACUAACUGAGGUAAGACUAACUAAAACAUCGUCUGUGGUGUUUAUUUUUAAAACUUUGCUGAGCGGUGACGAGUAAACUCGUCGUUGCACUAGCGUGUAGAACGUUCUACCACUACAGGCAACACCGUUUGGAUUACAAAGCGUUCAUGACCAAAAAAUUACUUUUCUUUCUAUUUAGAUUUUUAUCACAAUUUUAGCUUCAUUCCAAAGAUUUCAACCAUGACGGAAUUCACGGUCAGCGAAGUGUUAAUAGAAAUGGUAAAUUAUUUUAUGUAGUAGAGAGUAGAGCUUUGUAGGUUGAUUCGAAGGAACUUCGAAGAACUUAAAACUUAUAGAGCAUUAAUGGUAUAAUGAUGUAAAUGGAGGUAUCGAUAUAUCUAUGUACAGGUGUUUACGGUAGCCGACGGUAGCCGUCUCCCGUCAGGUGGACCGUCUGCUCGUUUGCCUCACUAUAAAAAAAAUUACCAAUCGAUUUUAGUAAUCGAUACGAUGUCACAGUAAAAACAAAUGCAGCGUAGACUACGCCGAUUGUAAUAUCUUCCAUUAGUUGUAGUCGCUGUGAGCUACCAUGCAUAAUAAAUAUAAAUAUGGAUACAAGAAA